UCAGCAUAUCCAUAUAAUGAUAUAAUACAUUAAUACUAUAUAAACUAGUUCAAUUGAUUAUUGACCAAUUGAUCUAUUCAUUUUACCACUAAGAUUGAAAGAAAAAUGUCAGAAAGUAACCAAACAAACCUUUACGAACUCAUCCACAUAACCCCAAACUCCGACGGAACAUUCACUCGUUCACCGGAGUUUUACCCCACCGUACCUCCCGACUCCAACGCACUUUCUAUCUCCAAAGAUGUCCCUCUUAACCCUGAUAAAUCCACCUGGGUUCGAAUCUUCCUACCUCGACAAUUAAAUAAAGAUAAGAAGCUCAAUAUUAUGGUCUACGUUCACGGCGGUGGAUUUGUCGUCGCCAGCGCAGCUCACCCGAACUACCAUGAUUUUUGCUCUUACGCGGCGAGUCAACUCGGCGCGUUGGUUGUCUCGGUUGAGUAUCGACUCGCUCCAGAGCACCGUCUUCCUGCUGCAUACGACGACGUUUUGGAGGCGUUGAGUUGGGUUAAAGAUGGUAAAGAUGAGUGGGUAAAAGAGUAUGGUAAUUUUUCAAGUUGUGUUUUGAUGGGGGAUAGUGCAGGGGGUAAUAUUGUCUUUCAAUCAGGAUUAAUGGCAGCCGUUAAGAUUGAUGAUUUUAAACCAUUGAUUAUUAAGGGGUUGGUUUUGAUCCAACCGUUUUUUAGUGGGCUGGACCGGACCGGGUCCGAGCUGCGGUUGGUGAACGACCCGAUUUUGAGCCUUGUAGUUAAUGAUUUCUGUUGGGAGCUCUCUUUGCCCGUUGGGGCGAACCGGGGUCAUGAGUAUUCUGACCCGAUUAAAGGUGGUGGUUCGGGUUCGUUGGAUCGGGUUCGGGAUUUGGGUUGGCGGGUUUGGGUGGUUAGUAGUGAUGGUGACCCGCUUUAUGAUCGGAGCGUGGAGUUGGUGAAAUUGAUGGAAAAGAGAGGAAUGAGUGUGAAGGCUAUGUUUUAUGAAGGAGGUCAACAUGGAAUGUUUGUGGGUAAUCCCUCUACGUACAAGGUAAAGGAAUUGGUAGAUUUUGUUGUUGAUAUUUUCACGUAAAAGGUUCAUUUGGGUUUGGACUUUGGGAUUACAUUAUUUGUUCACAUGAUUUCUCUAGGUUGCGCUCCCGUGAGUUGUGAAAAUGAGAUAUGAUUUGCUAUUAGAAGGUGAGAUUAUUUUUCUGAAAUCAUGUGUGUAAUAUAUACUCUCAAAUCUCAUUAGAUGUUCAUUUCGUUUUUCUUAUAUUUUCAUGUUUGUGUGUAGUAUUAUUAUUAUCAUAUUAUGUAUAAUUACAAAUAAAGAUUUGAUAUGCUUUUUAUAUUAUGAAAAAUUCAUUCGGAUGAUUUCAA